AUGAGCACUUUCGCAGACAAUGAUGAUCCGACUCAAUCGCUGUCGUCCGUCGUCGAACGCGAAGGUCUGAUCAAGGAAAUUCAAGACCUGCAAGAUGGGCUCAGAGCAUUGCUGAGCCGAGUCGAUGGCGUGACGGACGAGUGCAACAAGCUCAAGGCAUCCAACGAUACUCUGCAGACUUAUAUCGACAACCUCACCAGGAACUCCGUUCUCAUCGCCGGUCACAAGUGA